CCCUACGAAAAGUUUAUCCCUAAUUUCACAGACGCUUCAACAUUGAAUUUGGGUUUUCCCUGAAAAAAGAUUACGGAAGCGAAUUACUUUCGCAAUGUCGUCAAAAUUAAAUGAUGCUCUUGAAUUGCUGAUAGAAAAUCUAUCCAAAAAUCCUACACCAGAACAGCAGAAAUACAUGCAGGAUGCAACCGACAUAUAUGAGCAGAUAAAUCAGGGUUUCACAAAAUCCGAUUCCAUUUUCAAGGGACUAAUCAGUAAUUGGGACGAGACAUAUUGCUUCUUCAAUAAUUCUUAUCCAAAAAUUGUGAGUGGCCUUCUGCAGAUUAAAAUGCCAUUUAAGAUUGUGUCUCAGCGAAUUUACCUUCCUAUUGAACAAUACCAUCAAUUGGUUAUUCUGAAAACGACGGCUAAUCACCCAGGCGUUGUGAAUGGAUAUUUGAGCGGGGAAAAACUAACCAACAUAUUCGAUUCGGAUUUGAUGAAAGCUAUGAAAUCUCCGAUCAAGUGUAAAAGCGGCACUUCUUACAGGCUUUCCCUUUGCAUGGACACGUACAACAGCUUUGAAAUUAAAGCUGUGGAAUUUGGACUUGUUGACGUGGCAAUUGUCUACCGCUUUUUCCUGGAAUUUUAUUUUCUCAACGAUUCUACUCCGUACAUCUGCGUGGAUACUUACUUUGCGGAAAACAGGAAAACGGAAAAACAGAUAAAAAUUAGGACCAUUCACGCCACAAUACAAACUUUGAUGAUACAGUUGAAUUUAUAUUCAUCUUUAUCGAUCCCAGUUUUGUCUAAUAUAUUGGAUUCAAUUGACUGGGUAGAGGCGCCCAACGCUUGUGAAACUUUACUUAAGAUUAUACUUAUGAUCAUUCCUCGGUUACAAAACUCAGAACCCUUGCGGUCUGUUUACAAACAGCUAUUAAAGUUGAAGCACUCAAACUCAGUCGAUAUGUCCGUGCUGAAGAAAGUUCUUAACUUCCCUUAA